CACAUUACCAGCCUCACCAACUCUACAACUCUCUCACUCAACCAACUUUACCUCUCCCCAAAACAACUCCCCCAACAACCAUCAAUAUGACUGGUCGCGGCAAAGGUGGAAAGGGUCUCGGAAAGGGUGGUGCCAAGCGCCACCGCAAGAUUCUUCGUGACAACAUCCAGGGUAUCACAAAGCCCGCUAUCCGUCGUCUCGCACGUCGUGGUGGUGUCAAGCGUAUCUCAGCCAUGAUCUACGAGGAGACCCGCGGUGUUCUCAAGACCUUCCUCGAGGGUGUCAUUCGUGACGCCGUCACAUACACUGAGCACGCCAAGCGCAAGACCGUCACCUCCCUCGACGUUGUCUACGCUCUCAAGCGUCAAGGACGUACUCUGUACGGUUUCGGUGGUUAAGCGCGCUUCUUGCUUUUCAUCACGGUUUUCAUGUUACGACUUGUUCAGUCUACGGUCGGCUCCUUUCGGUGCUUGGUGGGAAUGGUCAUAGCCUUUGUAUAGUACAGUGAGGCUCGGAGUUCACGGGUUAUAUCAGUCAGGG